AAACUGCGUGUAUUGAUCUCCAGUUGACAUUUUUAGCGUGUAAAUGCGUUUCAUCGUUACGAAACUAAAUGUAAUUUUCUUGAUUAUCACAAUUAGAAUAAUUAAAAAUAUUCCUACGAGAAUUAGAUAAUAUUAUACGUUUACGUACGUUCGAGAUAAGCAGUAUUGAGGUAACGUACCUAGCUGUAUAUUUACCUACCGGCUUAGUUAGUUUUAAAAUUUACCUCAAAAUGAGUAUUGCUAGAUUUUGCGUUAUUUUUGAUAAAUUGGACAAGGUUUAUUUUCCAGGAGAAAAAGUCACCGGCAGAGUAGAACUGGAGCUGAAAUCUGAAAAGGAGAUCAGAGGGGUUCAACUGAAGCUCAAAGGAAAAGCUGAAUGCAAAUGGAUCCAAAGUAAUGGCAAAUUUACCCAUAAUUAUAAAGAAAACGAAACAUACAUCAAAAGUAAACAAACCUUAAUCGGGGGAAAAAGGUUUUUAGAUAAAUUCAAAUUACCGAAGGGGAAACAUAUUUACCCAUUUAGUGCAACGUUGCCUCCAAAAGCUCCUGCAUCUUACAGCAGCUCUCGAGGUAAAGUGAUUUAUUAUGCGGAAGCUAAAAUCGAUAUUCCAUUAGGUUUCGAUCAACAAGAAAGAUGCGAAUUUGUCGUUGUGAAUCCUAUGGAUCUGAAUUUGUAUCCUGAUUUGAAAAAAUCUUAUGAAAGUAAAAAAGUUAAAAAAUUUCACUACAUGUGUUGUGUCAGCAGCGGUCCUCUUUCCAUCACUGUACAAUUACCGAAAACAGGUUUCGCUAAAUCCGAACCUAUUCCGAUUACUUUUGAAAUCAAUAAUGCCAGUAAUGCUGCUGUAACUAGUGUCGAAGUAUACUUGAAACGGAAAACAGCUUGUAAAGCAGAGGGAAGCAGAAGAAAAGAAAAUACUACACUUCAAAGGCUGCGUUCCAAAGGAGUAGAAGAGGGUCAAUCUUGUACAUGGGUAGAAAAUUUCGUCAUUCCUUCCAUAGCAUUUCCAUUUUUGGAUUGCUGCUCGUUGAUUAAAAUCCACCACGAGUUGCACAUUAAAGUGAUGACAGCAGGUAUGCAUACGAACUUAAAUUUACACAUUCCAGUAACAAUCAGCGACGUUAUCCUGAAUGGAAAUCCGAGUACGUUAUUUGGCCAAUAAGUACUUGUCCUGAAGUUUCAAUUCCAAC